AUCUCAAUCUUCAGUGAUUCAACCGAAGCAGAUAACUAGAUUUAAGGGAUUGCCCUCAAUCACAUUCACGCAGGAAGAGGUUGACCUCCUAUCCUCCAAGUUUCAAUUCGCGCUUGUGGGAGUAUUCAAUGAUGGAAGACCAUCUUUCCUCACAGUUAAAGCUACCCUGGAAUCAAUUGGAUUCGAAGAUCAAUUUCAGGUGGGAUUCCUUGAUGAAAGAUGCGUGCUCAUUAACUUUGCCAAAGAAAGGGAUUAUAAUCGACUUUUCAUGAGAAGGUAUACCUAUGACCAUAGACACUGCAACAGCUGCCUUCAAUAGGCCCUCACUGGCCCGGGUUUGUGUAGAACUUGAUCUGUCCAAAGAGAAUCCAAGAAAGAUCCACAUUCUGGAUGGAGACAGGCAUGUAUUCCAGGAGGUUAUUUAUGAAGAUCUUAAGGCAUUUUGCUCCAAGUGCAAGAAAACAGGUCACUCCCUGAGCGAAUGUAAGGUUUCAUUGAACAAAAAAGUGACAGGAAAGAACACUUGGGAGAGGACAGCUGCUAAUCACAAAGAGAAUGCCAAGGAGGAAUGGCAGGCAGGACCCUCAAACUCACAGGGUGAUAAACCCUCACCUGAAACUGAGGAGGAGAGGGCCAUAAAUCAAGCUUCCAAGCUAAUAUGUUCAUCAUCAUCACCUGAAGUCCACUGCGAUAAGGAUGCUACUAAGCCAUCAUCUGAAACUGAGGAGGAGAGGGCUAUAUAUCAAGCCUCCAAGCUGAUAGGUUCAUCAUCAUCUGAUGUCCAUAGAACAGAGGAGGAGGGUACUAUAAUUCAAGCUAAAGGAUCCGUUACAAUUCCAGAAGUCCAUAACUUUGUAGAGGAAAGGAUGGUUACAGAUGCUGUAGAAACUAACCAGGAAACUAAAGGAUGUCCAUAACCAGGAAAAUAACAAUGAUGCUACUGUAGAAACUUUGAAUCUUUCAAGUGCUCAGGGCAUUAACCCGCAGGAGAACAAUGAGGCUGGAAAAAACAUGGCUCAAGACACACUGGAAUCCUCCCAACAAGUAAACGAAGACCAUCAUCAUUUUGAAGAGGAGUACAGGGGAUCACUCUCAGACAGUGAAGUGCAACUGAGAAACAACAAGGCAAAUACUCCAGACAACAGUUUUAUAGCUAGUCGGACCAGGUCUAGACUUCAUAUGAAUUCUACCCAACAAAACCAUGAUUAAAUCAAUCUUUUGGAAUGUCUAUGGGAUUGAAUCCCGAGUUCAGAGGCUUUCUCUUCUCAUUAAAACUCACAACAUUGA